GAGGCUUUAUAACCACUUCGUAGCGGCUGCUUGGCUUCUAUCUCCGGGAGGGCGGCUGAGGCGGCGGCCGCGGCGCCGGCUGGGGGGGGCGGGGGGCCGCUGAGGCGGGAGCUGUGGCGGCGCUGGGCGCCCCUGGCUCCUCGGCCUCUGCGGGCCAUGGGCUCCGAAAAGGACUCUGAGUCGCCGCACUCCACAUCCCUACACGCGGCCGCGCCCGACCCCAAGUGCCGCAGCGGCGGCCGGCGCCGGCGCCUCACCUUCCACAGCGUCUUCUCCGCCUCGGCCCGCGGUCGCCGCGCCCGGGCCAAGCCUCAGGCCGAGCCGCCGCCCCCGGCCGCGCCGCCGCCGCCCGCCCCGGCCCCGACCGCGGCCCAGGCCCCGCCGCCCGAGGCGCUGCCCGCCGAACCGACAGCCGAGGCCGACGCGGAGGCCGCGGCGGCGGCGGCGGCGGCGGGGCCCGGGUUCGACGAUGAGGAGGCGGCGGAGGGCGGCGGCCCGGGCGCGGAGGAGGUGGAGUGUCCGCUGUGCCUGGUGCGGCUGCCGCCCGAGCGGGCCCCGCGCCUCCUCAGCUGUCCGCACCGCUCGUGCCGGGACUGCCUCCGCCACUACCUGCGCCUGGAGAUCAGCGAGAGCCGGGUGCCCAUCAGCUGCCCCGAGUGUAGCGAGCGGCUCAACCCUCACGACAUCCGCCUGCUGCUAGCCGACCCGCCGCUCAUGCACAAGUACGAGGAGUUCAUGCUGCGCCGCUACCUGGCCUCGGACCCCGACUGCCGCUGGUGCCCUGCCCCGGACUGCGGUUAUGCUGUUAUUGCCUAUGGCUGUGCCAGCUGCCCAAAGCUAACUUGUGAGAGGGAAGGCUGCCAGACUGAGUUCUGCUACCACUGCAAGCAGAUAUGGCAUCCAAAUCAGACAUGCGAUAUGGCCCGUCAGCAGAGGGCGCAGAAUUUAAGAGUUCGGACCAAGCACACUUCGGGUCUCAGUUAUGGGCAAGAAUCUGGACCAGCAGAUGACAUCAAGCCAUGCCCACGAUGCAGUGCUUACAUUAUCAAGAUGAAUGAUGGAAGCUGUAAUCACAUGACCUGUGCAGUAUGUGGCUGUGAAUUCUGCUGGCUUUGUAUGAAAGAGAUCUCUGACUUGCAUUACCUCAGCCCCUCUGGCUGUACAUUCUGGGGCAAGAAGCCAUGGAGCCGUAAGAAGAAAAUUCUUUGGCAGCUGGGCACAUUGAUUGGUGCUCCUGUGGGAAUUUCUCUCAUCGCUGGCAUUGCCAUUCCUGCCAUGGUCAUUGGCAUUCCUGUUUAUGUUGGAAGGAAGAUUCACAGCAGGUAUGAAGGAAGGAAAACCUCCAAACACAAGAGAAAUUUGGCUAUUACUGGAGGAGUGACGCUGUCAGUCAUUGCGUCCCCAGUGAUUGCUGCAGUCAGUGUUGGUAUUGGCGUCCCCAUUAUGCUGGCAUAUGUGUAUGGGGUUGUGCCUAUUUCUCUCUGUCGUGGAGGUGGCUGUGGAGUCAGCACGGCCAACGGGAAGGGAGUGAAAAUUGAGUUUGAUGAAGAUGAUGGUCCAAUCACAGUGGCAGAUGCCUGGCGAGCCCUCAAGAAUCCCAGCAUUGGGGAAAGCAGCAUUGAAGGCCUCACCAGUGUGCUGAGCACCAGUGGAAGCCCUACAGAUGGACUCAGUGUUAUGCAAGGCCCUUACAGUGAAACAGCCAGCUUUGCAGCCCUCUCAGGGGGCACAUUGAGUGGCGGCAUUCUCUCCAGUGGCAAAGGAAAAUACAGCAGGUUAGAAGUCCAAGCCGAUGUCCAAAAGGAGAUUUUUCCCAAAGACACAGCCAGUCUUGGUGCAAUUAGUGACAACGCAAGCACUCGUGCUAUGGCCGGUUCCAUAAUCAGUUCCUACAACCCACAGGACAGAGAAUGCAACAACAUGGAAAUCCAAGUGGACAUUGAAGCCAAACCAAGCCACUAUCAGCUGGUGAGUGGAAGCAGCACAGAGGACUCACUUCACGUUCAUGCUCAAAUGGCAGAGAAUGAAGAAGGUGGCGGUGGUGGCGGCGGUGAAGAGGACGCCCCCUGCAAACACCAAAACUGUGAACAGAAAGACUGCCUGGCCGGCAGACCUCGAGACAUCAGCCUGGCCCAGCCCGAGAGCAUCCGCAGUGACCUGGAGAGCUCAGAUGCACAGUCCGAUGAUGUGCCAGACAUCACCUCAGAUGAGUGUGGCUCUCCCCGCUCCCAGGCCGCAGCCUGCCCCUCGACCCCCAGAACCCAAGGUGCACCAAGCCCAAGUGCCCAUAGGAACCUCUCUGCCCCAGCUGAGGGACAGACUGUCUUGAAGCCAGAAGGUGCAGAAGCUAGAGUAUGAAAUGGAAUGACUACUCCUGUUCUGAGAAGCACAUUUGUUGUGCACCUGCUCUUUGUCUUCCUGCCAGUGUUUUACUACAGUGAGGAUGAGAAGUCUGGACAACAGCCAACUUGGAAGAUUCUCAUCUCUUGGGCACUGUAGUCAGACCUAGCACCUGAGACAGGAAAUGCUGUGGUGGACUUUGGGCCUCUGGGAAAAAACUGCCCAGAGUGUCCUUGUGAAAAAGAGAACCUGUUGGAAAAAAAGAGGCAGGCAGCCUGGAAACUUCCGUAAUGCAAAUUAUCAGCUCAAGACCUGUGGUUCUCUUUAACGGCUCAUCAGGAGAGCAAUUAACUUGGAUAAAAAUCACAGUCUGUUGGAGGGGCAAUAGUUUACAACCAAAUCUGUGUUUCUUAUCUGAGCUUUAUUUCUGGUUGCUGUGAGAUGGGCAGCUUAUUCUCUUGAGUCUGUUUGCACUACCCAAAAUGGAGAUGAUAACCCUAGUGAUGGGGGUCACAAAGAUUUAGGAAAGAGUACUGAAAAUGCUUUUGUUACAGACCCUGUUUUUUCCCUCCUGCAGGAACAAAAAGAAAUGAGUUAGAGAAGAUUCUAGGUAUCUUCUAAGAAAGGAAGCCUAGAACUCUAGACCAGAGACAAUUAAAGACAAAACAAAACAAAAACUUUAA